AUCUUCAAAGAGCUCGGCCCAGGUCAGCGCAUCUCUCUCGUCAAACUCGCCGCCGAUCAUUACGCCGCCCACGACCGACCUUUCCGCCUUGCGAUCGAUAUCUCCAUCUGGCUCUUCCAAAUCCAAGCUGGCAAAGGCGGCUCGAAUCCAGCGCUCCGUACCUUUUACUAUCGCCUCCUGCGCCUCCUGACGCACAACAUCCAUCCGUUGUUCGUCUUCGAUGGCCCGAAUAAGCCCACGUUCAAGCGGAACAAGAAAGUUGGUGGACCAGGAGUGCGAGUCGCUAGUGUUCCUGAGUUUCUUGCAAAGCAGCUGCUCAAACAAUUCGGGUUCCCUUGGCAUGUGGCACCCGGCGAGGCUGAGGCGGAGUGUGCUUUGUUGCAGCGAGAAGGAAUCGUGGAUGCCGUUCUGAGUGAGGACGUUGACACUUUGAUGUUUGGCUCGGGUGUGACAUUGAAGAGUUGGACCGCAGAGAGCAGUCAGAAGACUCCGACACACGUCACAGUCUACCGUGCUGAGGAGACAACAGCGAGAAGCGGUUUGGAUACGCAGGGAAUGAUUUUGGUUGCUUUGAUGAGUGGUGGAGACUAUAUCGUGGAGGGCAUUCCCGGAUGUGGACCAAAGGUGGCGUGCGACGCUGCAAGAGCUGGCUUUGGCAAGGAACUUUGCGAUUUGGCAGCGAGGAAAGAUGCGAUGGGGUUGCGAGCAUGGCGGGAGCGACUGCAACACGAGAUCAAGACGAAUGAGUCGAAACUCUUUUCGCGAAAGAACUCAAAGCUCGUAAUCCCCGAGGACUUCCCAAAUCGAGAGGUGCUGGGCUACUACACGCAUCCAUGCGUAUCCACCGCUGACAAGCUGGCAAAGUUGAAGGACAGUUUAGCAUGGGACCAGGACAUCGAUUUCGCGGCACUGCGGGGAUUCACUGCCGAUGCAUUCGAUUGGAGAUGUCUGGGCGGAGCGAAGAAAUUCAUUCGUAAUCUGGCACCUGCCAUGCUUGUGCGGCAACUGAGGCUACGCUCCGACGAACCCACCCCAUUUGAGACGGAGACUCAGGAAGCGCAAGAAAGGAGUCUAAUCAGCGCCAUACACGGCAAACGUAACCAUGCGACCACAGAUGGAGAGCUAGAGUAUCGCGUGUCCUUCAUCCCGCAGAAUUUCGUGCCCAUCGACCUCAGCACUGAAGAUCCAGAUGACGAUUUCGUUCCGGCCGGCGGUGCCGAAGAGCAGAGCGAAACGGAAAAUGACUGGGCGGCUCUUCCUGAUAGCACUCAGCCUGUUGAAGAGGACGAGGAAGAGCCGUCCUCGCCCACGAAGAAGCGCAGCUUCAAGCCCUACUUUCCGGACCAACCUGAGAAAUUGUGGAUGCUCCGGACGUUCCUUAAAGUGGGCUGCCCGCUGCUCGUUGAGGUCUAUGAGAAUCCUCCACGAGAUGCGAAGUCUUUCUUCAAGGCGAGGCGACAAGCAAAAGAAGCAGGCAAAGGAGAUAGCUCCCAACCAAAGAAGAAGACGACGAGAAAGAAGAAGACAGCCGACAUGCCUGCAAAUGCUCUG